AUGUGGCAAAUGCCAAAAGAUCCUUUCAAGCUAGCACAAAAUGGCGACCGCGACAAAAUUGUCAUUGCAGACCAGCGUUGUCUCCGGAAUCAAGUGCAUCUUCAUAUAUGUUCCUCUGAUACUCACCCAGAUCAGUUCCACCUAUCAAGCCAUUCUCAGCAAGGUGACUGCUCCGGUCAUAGCAUUGGCAUACCUCUUGUCCAAAUGUGGAUGAAAGGCGACCUUGGUGGACGUAUGGUGACGAUGGCAUUCGUGCUCAUUGCUAGUUAUACCAUCAUCCAGUGUUUGGGUCACGGAAACGGGAUUGAAGGAUGAUGACCGUCCCUGCUCUGAGUGCCCGAAGUAGAUAUUUUUGCGUGAAGAAAGAUAAAUCAAUCCAGGGGAUCAUAGUGGAUAUUGGUCAUGGAAUAUUUAUACGAGCGACACACUUGAACCGAGCUUG